AUGCAUCUCAAGUCGUACCUCGCAGCUGCCAUUUAUGGCCUGCCAGCUCUGGCGCAUGCCGCGCCCUCUCCAGCUUCGGGUUCCUCGUCGUCGGCUUCAAGUAGCUCGAGCGACCCUCACUUCAAGACCUACACCAUCAAGGCGGAGAAUAUCACUGCCACGCUGAUCCCUUACGGUGCCCGUCUUACUUCUCUCUUGGUGCCAGACCGUGAUGGCAACGAGCAGGAUGUCAUCGUUGGCUACGAUGACCCUAAAACCUAUCUUCACGACAGUGAAACCAACCGCACUUUCUUCGGUGCUGUCGUCGGUCGCUACGCGAACCGUAUUAAGAACGGAACCUUCUCCAUUGAUGGCACUGCUUAUCACAUCCCGGAGAACGAGAACGGUGGUCGUGACACCCUCCACGGCGGUUCUGUCGGCUAUGACAUGCGCAAUUGGACGGUCACCUCGCACACUGACUCGGCCAUCACCUUCAGCCUCUUGGAUCAGGGCUUGGAGAACUUCCCCGGCGACGUGAUCUCCUAUGCCACCUUCAGUGUCUCCACCCAGAAGUCGGCAGAGAACCCCAAGGGUCUGCCCCAGCUGACCACCAAGCUUGUCUCGCUGGCUCUGACCCAGAAGACCCCCAUCAUGCUGGCCAACCACCUCUACUGGAACCUGAACGCGUUCAAGAACCCUACUAUCUUGAACGACACCCUCCUGCAACUCCCUCUCUCUGAGCGAUUCAUCGUCGGAGAUGGCAUUCUCAUUCCCACCGGCGAGAUCGGCGAUGUGGACACCGCCUACUCGGGUGCUCUGGACUUCACCGAGCCCAAGCUGAUCGGCAAGGACAUUGACAAGACCACCGGCCUGUGCGGCACUGGCUGCACCGGCUACGACACUUGCUGGCUGGUGGACCGCCCUGCUGCCUACGGCGCCGGGGACACGGUCGUCCCCACCGUGCGCGUCGCCUCCGAGAAGACCGGUAUCUCCCUGGAGAUUGCCACCAACCAGGCCGCCAUGCAGGUCUACACCUGCAACGGCCAGAACGGCUCCAUCGCGACCAAGGACUCGCAGGCCAAGCGUAACAAGGCCCAGGAUGGUAACCCUGGCGCUGCCUUUGUUAACAAGUACGGUUGCGUCGUGUUCGAGACGGAGGACUGGAUCGAUGGUAUCAACCAGCCUCAAUGGGGCCGCCGUCCUUACCAGAUUGCUGGCCCUGACGAUGGUCCCGUCGUCAACUUUGCCACUUACCAGUUUGGUACCAUUUAA